UCCAAGAAAGGCAGCUUGAUCAAAAAGAAGGAGGAAGAGCCAGAAGAGGUGCCUCAAGAAACAUCCAAAGAAAUCGACCCCGUGUACAGCCUCCUCAAAUGUGCCGCCGACCUGCCCAAAGUGCCCAAGGCUCAGAAAGACAUCCCUUGCAGCGGCCAUCUUGGUGGGCGGGGCGACAGCAGCGGAAGUACGUCCAAAGCCUCGAGCCCGUCUUCCUCAGGAACGAACGCCCCGCCCUCCUACACCAGUCAGUGCAGUAUAGAUCAUAGCGGCACCGCCUCGAUAGGAAGCCACGCCCACAAUUCGCAUGCCACGCCCUCUGGGGGCGGGUCGUCCGUGGUGUCCAACAGAGAGCACAUGCACCACAUCGUAGACGAGAGCAUGGGGUCAGAGUUCAGAACUUUCUACAAACUGACCAGCCCUGUGAGGAAGCUGCCCUCGCAUCACUACCCCUCUUACGAUCCGAAGAAGCACUCCACUGGCACCAGCUUUGACCAUUACUGACACAGGGAGGAGGAGGAGGAGGAGGAGGAGGUGGCGGAGGUUGAGGAAGGAUGAGGAUGAGGAUGAGGAUGAGGAGGACAGCCUCAGAACGCCCACCCUACGCCGACGCCGACGCCUUCACCACCACCGACACCGCCGCAGUUGUCUUCGUCUUGUUAACCGAGCGAUCAUCUCCUGGAGACAUCGUGGCACGUUUUGCCACAGCACUCUCCGACCAUGACCCCCUCCCCCUCCCCCCCCCCACCACCCGAUGACUUCCGAGAUCCGCGAGGUUGUUUCUGCCGCUCGUGGCUAGGGGCAGGCGCCCUAACGUCUGCACCAGCGACACACGCACGCCCCGCCCACCCCCCUGACGAUUGGUUGCCCUGACAACGUCUUUUUUCUGCCCUGGAGAGAGUGAGAGAGAGAGCCAGAAAGAGAGAGAGAGUGUGAAAAAUAGAGAGAAAGAGGAGAUAACGAAGAAGAUUCCUCACUGAACUGUUGGCUUAUGUGGCUUGAGGAUUUUCCUUGAGUCGACAGCGAAGGCAAAGAUCACGUGACAACAGCGAAAGCAAAAGUCACGUGACGACAGCGAAGGCAAAAGUCACGUGACUGCACGUACCCUGUUGACAGAAAAGGGACGACAUGACGUUUAUUGGCUGUAUAUAUCUCUCUCUGCUCCAGCAGCUCAAACGUCAUUUUCUUCAUCUUUUUAAAAUUCUUAUUACACUUGUUACGAUAUUCAAAUAAUCAUGAUAUUGUUCUUACUUUUUUCUUCAAUUUCACAUUCGUUGAAAUCAUAGAAUAAUACUCAUAAUAAUUUUUUUCUUCAAUUUGACAUCCUUCGAAAUCAUAAAAUGACAUUCAUGUUUUUAUUCUUUGUCAAAUUCACAUUCUUUGAAAUCACAGAAUAAUAAUAUUCAAUUUUAAAAAAAGUCAAUUUCACGUACCCCUGAAGUCAUAGC